AACCACUUUAAGCCUUAUAUAUAGCUCACUCCAAUUCAAGUUACCAUAGCAAAUCAAGAAACUCAAUACACAAAGCCUUUUAUUUUCUAGCUAGUUGUCUACACAUAUUUCUUCACAUACAAAUAUUUCACCAAAUAUUUAAACAUUAUGGAUAUGGUGAUGAAGUUGGGAGCACAAAGUCCUGUUGUGAUUUUUAGCAGAAGUACUUGUUGCAUGUCUCACACUAUCGAAACGUUAAUCCGUAAUUUUGGUGCAAAUUUUACAGUUUAUGAGCUUGAUAGAUUUCAGAAUGGGAAGGAAUUGGAGAGGGCAUUGGUUGAAUUAGGGUGUCAACCAAGUGUGCCUGCUGUGUUUAUUGGAAAUGAAUUGAUUGGUGGUUCUAAUGAAAUCAUGAGUCUCAACAUUAGAGGCAAACUCAAGCAAUUGCUCAUUAGGGCUAAUGCAAUUUGGGUGUAGAAAUAAUUCUUUUGCUAGCUAAAAAGUAUAGGUCUUUAUGUCAUUUUUGGGCAGUAAUAUACCUAGCUAUUGAGUAUUUUUUUUUAUUUUUUUGCUUUUCUAAUAAUAUGCAGACGGUUUUUCU